GAGGUAAACAGAGGCUGUAGUGGACUAGUGGUAGCGAGAGCUUCAACUGAAGAGCUGAGGAGUCGCUUCAAUCGCCUUUGUAUUUCAUUUUUAGCAAGCCUCCACGGCUGAAAUAUUUCUUUCCAACUUCAGCUACAGUGUUGGCUAAGUUUGGAGAGGCGAAAAGAUAGGAUAGGAUCUGUGGAUUUGUUUCUCUUGACAUCUCUUUGCAGGGAGAACCCCCAUCGCGUCGAAAUCACCAGCCGCAUUGACAAAAGGGAAGAAAUAAUAAUAACAUCGUAUUGACCUAAAUAUCAUUGGACGAUAUAACAAUGGAUAACGCUGCUCCAAAGAAAACAUGCUGUGAAUCUGUUCGGGACUUUUUUACAUCUGCAAAGUUCCUUAUUUACAUGGGACAUGCACUGUCAACAUGGGGUGACAGAAUGUGGAACUUCGCCGUUGCGGUGUUCCUGGUGGAGCUGUACGGCAACAGCCUGCUGCUGACAGCCGUGUACGGGCUGGUGGUGGCCGGCUCAGUGCUGCUCCUGGGGGCCCUCAUAGGGGACUGGGUGGACCGGAACCCCAGACUCAAAGUGGCACAGACUUCACUGCUGGUCCAGAACUCCUGUGUUAUCUUAUGUGGCAUCGUCCUAAUGGUCAUUUUCCAGUAUAAAGACCAGCUUGCCAGUAUGUACAACGGUUGGCUUCUGACUGCCUGCUACAUCAUGGUGAUCUCCAUCGCUAACAUCGCUAACCUUGCUAGCACAGCUACAGCCAUCACCAUCCAGAGGGACUGGGUGGUAGUGGUGGCUGGGCAGGACAGUAGCACGCUAGCCGACAUGAACGCCACGGUGCGGAUCAUCGAUCAGCUCACCAACAUCCUGGCCCCCAUGCUGGUGGGCCAGAUAAUGGCGUUUGGCUCUCACUUCAUCGGCUGCGGGUUCAUCUCCGGCUGGAACCUGUGCUCCAUGUGUCUGGAGUAUGCUCUGCUCUGGAAGGUCUACCAGAAGACCCCGGCGCUGGCAGUGAAGGGAGGACAGAAGGAGCAAGAACAGGAGCUCAAGCAGCUCAACUCACCCAGAGAAAUGGAGAACGGCCUGACUCCCGAAGAGUCCUCCCAGCCCCUGAUGACGGACGGGGGGGUGGUGGUGGCCCGACCCUCCCCCUCCACCAAGGACACCAGCUGCUGCUACCAGGUGACGGAGCCCCUGCGCACGCUGAAGGCCGGCUGGGUGUCCUACUACAACCAGAACAUCUUCUUCGCCGGCAUGUCCCUGUCCUUCCUGUACAUGACGGUGCUCGGCUUCGACUGCAUCACCACGGGCUACGCCUACACGCAGGGCCUCAACGGCUCGGUGCUCAGCCUGCUCAUGGGCGCCUCGGCCAUCGCGGGCAUCUGCGGCACCGUGGCCUUCACCUGGGUGCGCAAGAAGUGCGGCCUGAUCCGCACAGGCUUCAUCUCAGGCGUGGCCCAGCUGUCCUGCCUCAUGCUGUGCGUGGCGUCCGUCUUCGCGCCCGGCAGCCCCCUGGACCUGACCGUCUCGCCCUUCCUGGACCUGUACAGCCACCUGGUGGGCGACCGGGGGACCCUGCCCGAGGCGGACCACAGCCUCAUGCAGGGUCUGACCGGGGACAUCCUGUCCGGGAACGCCACCAUGGUGCCGCCGAUGGAGGAGCUGCCGCCGCUGCAGUCCUACAUGUCUGUUUGCCUGUUGUUCGCCGGGGUCAUCGCCGCGCGACUUGGCCUUUGGUCGUUCGACCUUACCGUGACGCAGCUCAUCCAAGAGAGCGUGGCGGAGUCGGAGCGCGGGGUGAUUAACGGCGUCCAGAACUCCAUGAACUACCUCCUGGACCUCCUGCACUUCAUCAUGGUGAUCCUGGCACCCAACCCCGAAGCCUUUGGCGUGCUCGUCCUCAUCUCUGUGUCCUUCGUGGCCAUGGGCCACGCCAUGUACUUCAGGUUUGCCUUCAAGAGCCUGGGCACUCGCAUCUUCCUCUGCUGCUCGCCGGAGCAGAAAGCCAUUGAGGCGAUAGUAGAAAGCCCCUCACUUCCCACCACCGUUUAACGCCUAUUGAAGGCCCUCGUCCCUGGGUACAUAGCUCAUAAUAGCCUUAUAGCUCAAUCUGUCCUUUCUUUAUAUACACACCAGACUAACAUCGGUUUGCUUGUAUUGGGAUGUUACUGCCACCCCAGAUUUAACAUUAGCUGGGCAAUUGAUUUAGCAUUAACUCUUAGAAGUACUUCCAUAGAAUCCCGUGCUUAUAGAAACUAACCACAAAAGUGUGGAUUAGUCAGGGUUGUAGUUUGGCUAGUUUGGCUUACGACUCUCGACUCUUCAAGCUAAUGCUUCCAAUGCAAGGACCUUUUAGCAACAUGCGUGUGACCCUGAUAUGGGCUCCCACCCAUAGUUAGAAAACAGAUCUGGACCCAGACCUUUCUCCAAGGUGCUGAGAGAGACACAGGAUAAAGUAACCUUAGAGGCUAGGCCGGUCUGUCUUCCCAGGCUAGCUUUGUUGGUUGAAUGUAGAGCGGUUUGGGAUAACCACAGCCCAGCAAUAGUUCACAAAAAUGAUAGAAUAGUGAUAGUGACUUCAACGGUGCUAAAGCUAUUUAUUUCUGUGAGCUUACUCUGGGAUAGCACAGUCCCAGGUCUCCAUAACCGAUAACCGAGAGCAAAAAAAACAAGGGGCUGUCUUAUCUAGGGUGACGCUGCUAACUUAGCCACACAAUAAACUGGGGGCUAGAGUCUUUAUGAAGCAUUUUAUUGAGGGUUAUGCAAAAUAUUUAUUCUGUAAAUGCAAACUGCAGGUUUUUGUUGAUGUGUCGUCAGUAUUGUACUCUUGCAGGUAGCGGUUGUAUCAUGGAAAGCGUUCCUAUGCAUCCAUUUCUAGCAGAGCUCUCAAUAACCAAAGUGGAAGUCCUUAUAUGGCAUAUAUGGAAGUGAGGGAAGUCCGUCAGUCCGUCUAAAGCAUUCCAAAUACGUGUAUUUUCACUAUGUAGUUUUUCUAAUUCUCUGAUAGGCUCAUUCUGUCCCUAAGAUAUAUUCCUUGACUUCUUAUUGAGAUUGUACUUAAUUGUUCGAUGUAGUUUACAUAGUAAUCGAUUUUUUUUUUUCAAACCCCUUUGAUUUUGUUUUAUUUUUUUGUUCGUCCAUUUAAGAUGAUCAUUAAUCAUGAUGAUUGUUGUUACACAGGCACUUUAAGCAAUAUACAUCAAUUGUUGAACCCCAAUAAGACGAUCAGGAAUUUCAUUGAACAUAUUUUUGCACAAGGCUGAAAUCCUGAUUGCCCCCCCCCCCCCGCCAAUAAACCCUUCCUCCCCCCCUGUGGUGUGGAAAGAGAGAGAGAGGGAGAAUAUAAAGAUUGUACCAUACCAGGUUAACCUUGCAGCCAUCCCAAGUUUACCUCAGACGGCGCUGCUCGCAUGCUGGCAGAAGGCAGUCCUUCCCAGUUUGUCCAGUGGGACUACCACCUUCUGUGGACCUGUACUUUUGACUAAGAAGAGGCUUUUAAUAUCCUUGAUACUGUAACUGUAACUCUUCAUCCGAGGUGGAAAGCAAUUUGUGUGCGAUAGAAAUCGAAAUCGAGUUAAAGUAAAUGGAUAACCAAUCGAAUGUUAAAUCGUUAAACCUCAAAAUGAUUGGGUUAGACUACAACAAAAUCCAAUAAUAUACAAUACUUCUACAGCCAUUGAGAAGCGUUUUAAAUUAAACAGAAUUUCAGACAAAAACAAAACAAAAAAAGACUUAAAAUGUCAUACAGGAACCCAUUGGAGCGCAAUAGCUGUUCAAGUAGCUAGUGCCAGCCUCCACCUCUGACUAACAAGCAAUCACAGUCUGCCGUGGUUUAUGAAGCCUUAUUAUUCUCAGCCUGCCUUAGUUCCACAUACAUGCACAUGUGUGUGGGUGGUAGCUUUGGUUCGCCUCACCCCACCCCACAGAAUAACCUGAGCUGGUCUAAAAGGGCAAGGUCUUUGGGCGACUCGGUGCACAAAUAUUCCUGUGGUAAAACGUAGCUUAGCCAAGCCACCUGUGGACUCACAGUGGGCCUUUCUUCAGACUUUUGGAACCGCAGUCAGGACAGGUCCAGUCAGGUGUUUUUUCAAACGUGUAUAAGAGUGUACAUUUGCCAAGAAACAAGCCAGAGUUUGGGUUGUUAAGCAGUUUUUUAACAUGCAUUGGGACAAAGCCACAUAGCAUAUUGUUAGGGGUCUUUUUCAGGAAUUCACUUAUAGCAAACAUUAGUACAACUACUACAUAUCUAUCAAACAAAUUGAAUCAGCCAUCAAUCCAUUCUUAGCAUUGAGUACACUUUUGGAAAAAUGUACAAAUAUUUUUUGUGAAUGCUGUAUCAUGUAAUGCUGUUGAAACACGUUGAAAUACGUUUUUGUAUCUGUUUUUAUAAACUAGUGUUAAUAUUGUGUGUUUCUAAUUAAGGUUUGCCAGAGGAUAUUGUUUUUGACUUUGCCCGCUGUGUACAAAGCAAUGCUCUUUCAAAAGGCUUAUCAUUAAAGUAAGAAAUCAAGUAAUAUCGAGUGUAACAUAGUGCUUGAAUAUUGACAGCAAAUAUCUUCAGUGAUAUUUUUUUAUUUAGAUCUUUAAAUCAUUAGUAAACAUGAGUAAAAUAACUGCUGCAUUGAUUGAAUAAAAUGUAUAUGUAACGAUUGCACUCCAUUAAAUGAGAGAACAGUAAAUACAACAUGUAUUGCAUGAGGUCUCAUAAAUAAAGAAAAUCGUAUUAAAGAACACGCAAGUCUCGCUUCUCAAGUUACAAUUAUUUUCCAUGAUGCAGUCGAACCCGAUUCUCAAACCAUUGAUUCGGGGACUGGGCUGUGCAGCUAUUUCAUUUGAUUGACUGGUUUAACCUGCGUUACACGCUUACAUGUUCACCGAAUGGCCUUUGACACUUUAGACCUAAGAAUCUGCAGUCAAUGCAUCACAUUGAACACAAUCACUGACAGUGUAGUGUAGUUACUCAAAAAAAAAAAGUAUUACUAGUUACUUCUGUCAAUUUUAAUGAGAUUACUUUACUAGGUACUGCAUUUGAAAAGUAACAUCACCACUCAUUACUUUAAUUUCCCGUUUCUUAAUUUACUGGAGACACAUGGUCAAACAUCGUAGCCCUAUCAUGACUAAGUGUUUAUUGUAUAAAUCUAUACAAAAUAGCAUAUAAAACCAUAUGAAAGAACAAUAUCCCUGUCUGCACAAAGAAAUGCCUAAAAUUCACAAACAACAGGAUAAAGUAGGCUACGGUGAGGUCAAUCAGUAGCAUUUGGGAAACAUGAGAACAAGAAUUAAGUGGUCAAUGAAAAAUAUAAAAAGUUCACUUUAUCCCAUACAAUUAAAACAGAAAUGCACUUAAGCGACGGUGACACAUGCUAUUACUUUAUGUGGUCCAAAGGCUGAAUGAACCUGAUCUAUUUCGCAAGCUAUGACAUCGUAAGUGUGUCUUCCUCUCACCCUCUUGCAGACAAGAUGGAGCAGCCUUCUCUAGUUUUAAA